AUGUCAUCACAAGCUAUUAGUCAACGAACAAGCGGUCAAUGUUCAUUUGCAAUCCUUCAAAUAUGUGUGAAAUUCCAUGAGAAAAGCGGCACAAGAAAAUCGUCAGCUGUGAGUUUAUUGAACGCUGAUACCAUAACACAAAAAUUAAACUCACCUCAAGAACUUUUCGGUUUCUGUUUUGUCAAAAAGCAGUAG